GUCGACACAUACCUGCAACUCCAUUAUUUCCUCCUCCCCGCAGGUCCGCAACUGCAGCCUGUGCUUCUCCCUCCCCGAGCACGCCGUCUCGAAAUCUCCUCCCCGUGCCCUCCUGUUCCUGUCAUCGCACAACUGAGCUGCAGCUAGCUAACAGUAACAUCCGAUCAUCCAUUGGUGGUUGUGCGUCCAAUUCAGUCGAACGGUUCGUGUGAGAAGAAAAUGAAAUCAAUGGAUUCUGAGCUGCAGCUGCAGGUGCUAGAGUCAUCAUUUGUAACGCCGAGCGAGUCGACACCGAGUCAGGGGCUGUGGCUCUCUUCCUUGGACCUCAUGCAUGCCAACAGAGGCCACACCUCAACAAUCUACUUGUACAGCUCCUCCAGUGAUGCUGCCGCGGGCGCCGCUGAUUUCUUCGACGUGGCCAGGCUCAAGGAGGCUAUGGCCAGAGCCUUGGUGGCCUUCUACCCCCUCGCCGGCCGCCUCGGCGUCAACGACGAUGACGGUAGGAUGGAGAUCAGCUGUAACGGCGAAGGUGCGCUCUUUGUUGUCGCUCAUGCUGAUGAUCUCACUGUCCAUGACGUCAAGGAAUUCAAGCCAUCGCCUGAACAGAGGAGGCUGUUUGUUCCACGCAUUGAGCCAUCGUCCAUCAUGUUGGCUGUACAGGUGACUUUCUUGAAGUGUGGAGGGGUGGCAUUAGGGGCAGCUCUCCACCAUGUCGCCGUUGACGCCUUAAGUGCAUUCCACUUCUUUCAAACAUGGUCGGCCUUCUCCAAGCAUGGCGACCACGCUACCCUGGAGCUCCCUUGCCAUGACCGUACCCUACUCCGCGCGCGGUCACCCCCCACGGUCCAUCCGGAUGCACUCUUGACAUUCUACCCUAAGCACACCUUGUCCAACCCAUCAGGACCUCUUGCCAUCCAAAUCAUCACCAUUUCCAAGGACCAGAUCACCUCCUUGAAGCACCUCUGUGGUGGCACAAGCACCUUCUGCGCCGUAAGCGCUCUCGUGUGGCAGUGCGCGUGCGUUGCACGCCGGCCCCCACCAGAGUCCGAAGCGCGCCUCACGUUCCCGGUUGACAUCCGGCGAAGAGCGAGGCCGCCCCUCCCAAGCUGCUAUUUCGGCAAUGCGGUGUUUUGGCUAGGUGUCACCGGCGCGGCACGAGAUAUUGCCACGGAGGCGUUGGCAUCCGUUGCUGGUCGCAUCAAGAGUACUAUUGAUCGGAUGGACGAUGAGCUGGUGCGCUCUGCGAUCGACUACUUUGAGAUGGCCGAGAUGGACAGCCAGCCUCCACGAGGCACCUUGCCACAAACCGACCUGCAUAUUACCAGCUGGUUCGGGAGGCCACAGUACGAUGCAGAUUUCGGAUGGGGAAAGCCAGAGUUGAUGUCGCUGGCGGAGAACAGCCGUGGGGGGUUUGUCUACUUGAUGAACGAUGAGGGGAAAGCGGACGAUGGUGCUGGCAGCGGCGACGUCCGUGUGCUCAUGUGCAUGGAGGCUGUAAAUAUAAGGGAACUAGAGCAGCUACUUUACACAAAGCUCUAGCAGCUUGCUGCUAGCUACUUCAUGCGAUGAUUACCGGCCUAGGUACGGUAGGUCCUGCCUGACUUAUGAGGUUUUGUGAUAAUAAAAGGCCAGAGACAAAGAAGGACGACGACCUGGACAGUCUGCUGGUUCAGUUGCAUAUAUCAUAUCAUGUCAUAUGACCACACUAUGCAAUACCUGUAACUGUGCAUGAUUCUAUCAUUUAAGGGAAUAUAAAAAACGUUGUAUGGUUUGACAUGCUAA